CAACAAUAUUAUAACUUCUCUCUUUUGAUUGCUUUAAACCUGUUUGUAUUUUCGGUUUCCAUUUCUUGGGAUUCUGUGUGCUGAUCCAGUGCUGUGCUGCCUCCCUGAUUCCUUUGAGAUUCUCCCAGAUGUAAUGAUACCAAAACAUGCAGCAAAUUUCUCUAAAUAGUUGAUUGCGAUAUUAACUCUUUCACUGGCCUGUCUCCCAUUUACUACCCUUAGCAUCUUUUUCUUGAUCUUGACAACCUCUCACUCUCAUCGGCACUUCCUCCGUCUCUUUUGUACUUUCCAGCUUUUCCCAGUAUCCUCCGCUCCUUUUUUAUCCCUCACAAAACCCUUUCCCGAGACGCUCUCUCUAAAGGUUUCAGUGAGAGGAAAACAACAAAAAAGAUUGCAGAUCAAAAUGGGUGAUAUUAAUUUCCCAGAUGUAUUCGAAGAACACGAGUUUGGAGAUACCAGCUUGGCUGAAGAUGAUCUUUUCAGUAUCUUCGAGAGCUUAGAAAGUGUGGCGGAUUUCCCUCUGAUUGAUGAAGGUGUGGUUGGCACGAAAGAAUUAGGAGAAGAGAUCAAUACGGCGCCGAGAUUUUUCUCUCAGAAGUCUACAUCGUCCAGUGCCUUGCAAGAUCAGUCGGGGACCGAGCUCGAAACAUCGCCGAAGAGCAAGAGACAGAAGCUUUCAGGGACGACGACUUCUUCCGAGGAAACAAACCAGGAAGGACAACAUAGGAUAUCUCAUAUUACGGUGGAGCGCAACCGGAGGAAGCAAAUGAACGACCAUUUGUCAGUGUUGAGGUCACUUAUGCCUUGUUUCUAUGUCAAAAGAGGAGAUCAAGCAUCCAUAAUCGGAGGGGUGAUCGAUUACAUCAACGAGUUGCAACAAGUUCUACACUCGCUUGAGGCCAAGAAGCAACGAAAAGUUUACAGUACUCAUCAUGAAGUAGUAGUCCUGAGCCCUAGGCUAGUUUCAAGUCCAAGACCCUCACCACUUAGCCCUAGAUCAAAGCUACCUCUGAGCCCUAGACUGAAUUUACCCAUUAGCCCAAGAACACCACAGCCGAGUAUCCCUUACAAGCCAAGGAAGAAGUUGCAAUUACAAGCUGCUGGUGCUGGUUAUCUCUCUCCCACCAUGCCCAGCUCUCUCGAACCAUCCCCUGCAUCUUCCUCUACUACUUCCUCCAUUAAUGAUAAUGUCAAUGAGCUCGUUGCAAAUUCCAAGUCUCCCAUCGCUGAAGUGGAGGUGAAGUUUUCAGGUCCAAAUCUUCUCUUGAAGACAGUAUCUACUCGGAUUCCUGGGCAAGCCAUGAAAAUAAUUUCCGCCCUGGAAGACCUCUCCCUUGAAAUUCUCCACUUACGCAUCAUCACUGUUGACGAAACCAUCCUAAUUAAUUCCUUCACCAUUAAGGUUGGAAUUGAAUGCCAACUUAGCGCCGAGGAACUCGCACAGCAAAUUCAGCAAACAUUCUACCAAGUCCUCUGAAGAUAGUACUAUUCCUGGGUUAGUAUUUCUAGCA